ACCUGGAUGCGUUCUCUGUGUUAACUGCUCCAGGUGACCCUGCCUGGGCAGGGGGGCUGGACUGGAUGAUCUCCAGCGGUGCCUUCCAACCCUGACUGUUCUGUGAAUAUUAGAGAACUUGCCUAUUUGAAUUCCAGGUUCACUUGCUGAUGUAAAUGCAGACUUGAGGUUAAUUUUCCAUUUGUUGUGCCAUUUAAAGGCACCUGCAGUGCUCAGCUUGCUUGUGGUAUGCUUCUCUGCCUGGUGAGGCAAGCUAAAGGACAGUAGCAUUGUAAGUUAAGGAUUGCUUCACUUCUCCACUUCUAUACGUCUUGGUUGCAUCUAGUACCUUAGAAGACCACUCAUUCAAUGUAUUUUUUUUUCUUGAAGGCAUGUCAGAGGAUUACAGAUGGGAAAGGAAAAGCCAAGAAAAGUCUUUUAAGUAUUAUAAAAUAAAGAAAUAUGCCCUGAAUUGACUUGUCUGUGCGAUGUAAUUGCUGUGAAGUUUUGUAAUGGCAGAAGCUAGGUCUUCAGGAAUCAAAAGAUCCCAAAUAAGUUUGUCACUCAGUAAAAAUAAGAAGAAAAAAGAAACAACAAAAAAAGUGGAAACUACAGGAACACCAUCUACACCUUCAGCAUCAUCCUCUAUUACUUCCUUUUUUAACAAUGUCCCCCCUGCCAAAAUUAGCUGUCCCAUGUGUGGGCAAUUGGUGCCAAGAUACGGAAUAAAUAAGCACAUUGAUGAAACAUGUCAGAGAAACUGUGGUGAGAUUGGUGCCAUUGAUGCUACACUGAAUUCUUUUAGGAAUAAGAGUCCCCCAGCUGCAAAUCUGAGCAUUACUUCCAGCUCAUAUUUUUCAAAAAACCUCUUAAAUCUAGAAACAAGUCCUUCCAAAAGUAAUUUAUCGAAAGCAGGAGGGAGUGCAGCACAACAGACUAGUCCUUAUUUUAACAAUAAUACUUCAGUCUCUAGUGUUAACAAUGAAUCACAGGCUCAGACAGUUAAAAUAGUCUCCUUGGGAAGCUUGUCUUCAAAACUGUCCAGAAGACGCUGUCUCCAGGGAGGAAAACAGGUCUUGUAUGAAGAGAUCAACUCUUCGCCUCCAGCCGUUCACAGUGGCUGUAGAAGUGCUGCAGCACACGACGACGACGAGAUUGAUGCUGGGCAGAGUUCUCAGAAAGAAAAUCAGCCUUCUCAGGGAGAGCACCAGGAACAAAAUUUUUCAAAGAGGGAGCCUGAAUUUCAAAACGAAAUAAACAAAUGUAAUCAAGAAGACCUUGUGGAUAUGGUUCAGGUACCUUUACUGGCUGGUAACAGUAAUGACAAAAGGUUCCCAUCUGAUACAAGGAGCACCAAAGCAGAAAGCAGGUCCGAAGGUGUGAUUCUUAGUCCUGAUAAAUUUGAAACAUCUCUAGCCAUCCAUACUUCAGCAGACCCAACCAGUAAUUUGGAAGUCGAGACUCAGCCUCACACUAAAGUUACUCCUUCUUCAAAGACAGAAGUGAACUGUGGGACAGAAAAUUGCUUUAGCAGGGACAAUGUAGAGAUACUUCCUGUGGAAGUUCUUGAAGACUUUAAGAAUGAAAUGAACCAUACUUCGUUAGAAACUGUGGAAAAGGUAGAAUCUCAGGAUUCCACCGGGGACAUUCUAGACAAAAUAGAUGAGGUCCUCUCUGUGCCCAGCUCUCCUGGUCACCCAUACUACCUCCAGAAUUUUUUAGUAGUGCUGCGAGCCGUAUUGGAGAAUGAAGAUGACAUCAGACUAUUUAAUGAGCAGGAUUUGAACAUUAUAACCAAGUUCUACAAAUUAUCAGUUGGUGGGCAGAAAUUAUAUGUGAGACUUUUUCAACGCAAGCUGAACUGGUUAAAGGUGAACAAAAUAGAGUAUGAAGAGAUAAGUGUGGAUUUGUCACCAAUAAUUGAAGAACUGGCUGAAGCCAGAUUUCUACAAACAGAAUCUGAAUUGGAAGACCUGUGUGAAGGGUUGGAUUUGCUUUCAGCCCCUGAGCUAAAAACACUGGCAAAGAUCUUUCACUUGCCAAACCCAAACGGUCAGAAACAGCAACUUGUGGAUGAUUUUCUGAGGCUGUCAAAGCAGCGUUCGAUCUUCAGUAGGAGCCAGGCUGGUGUUGGGACAGUGAUUUUAAAAAGGGUGAAGGACCUGGCUGGAAAAUGUGUCAGGGUCUGCAAAGGCCCUCGGGCUGUCUUUUCUCGAAUUCUGCUGCUGUUUUCACUGCCUGAGUCACUGGAAGAGGAAGAAGCUGGCAGUGCUGGGCAAGGCCUGCUCUCCACAGUCCUUAGGGCUAACAUGGGGCAUAUGGUGUUCCCCAGUUACACAGUAUACAGGAAAACACAGGUCUUCCAGGACAGAGAGGAUCUUACCAGCUAUCACAGAGUUUUACCUGAUUACCUGCGACGUUUCACGGUUGGCUGGGUGUACACAAGAAUCCUUUCUCAAGGAGUUGAAAUUCUGCAGAGACUUCACAAGUAUAAGGAAGCAGUGCAGCAGCUGCAGAGCCUCCUGGCCCAGGAUGUGUACUGUGCUGACAGCAGAGGGAGAUGGUGGGAUCGGCUGGCUCUGAAUUUACAUCAGCACUUGAAAAACAUUAAGAAGGCCAUUGGCUGCAUCCGCAGAGGGCUGGCAGACCCAGCCGUGCGCACCGGUCACCGCCUGUCCCUGUGCCAGCGCGCCCUGCGCAUCAAAGACUCCCCCAGCUGCAAGCAGUUCCAGGGCCUGCUGCAGGACCUGCCCCUCCUCACUGUGGAGGAUGUGACACAUGUUACAAUCAGUGGAAAGAUGUGUCCUCAGAUGGGAAUGGGAAAAUCUGUGUUUCUCGUGGAGGAUAUUGGUGAUGGAGAAGGAGGAGAAGACUGCAGUGUAUCCACUGUCAUGUGCUCAGUGGAGGAACUGGCAUUAACUCAUUACAGGAGGAAUGGUUUCGAUCAGGGUAUUCAUGGGGAAGGCUCAACGUUUAUUACACUGUAUGGGAUUCUAAUGUGGGAUAUCAUUUUCAUGGAUGACAUACCUGACGUGUUCAGAAAUUCCUAUCAGACAUACCCCCUGGAUUUAUACACUGACAGCUUCUAUGAGAACAGGAGGGCUGUCAUAGAGGCCAGACUCCAGCAGCUUCACACCGCUUCCUCUGAGACACUGGCAAAGUUGGUUGCUGACGUCUGGACCAGUCAGGAGGGAAAAACAGCAGCCCUGGUUAACUGGGGACGUUUUAUUUCCCUCACACAAGUCCAGAGCCUGGUCUCUUGCCUUGGAGGAACGUUCCUGAGCGGUGUUUUCCGGCGGCUGUCCAGGGACCUGCGGCACUGCCGGGGGGGGCUGCCCGACCUGCUCGUGUGGCGCUCCCACAGCCAGCACUUCAAGCUGGUGGAGGUGAAGGGCCCCAACGACCGCCUGUCUCCUAAACAGAUGCUGUGGCUGAGCGAGCUGCACAAGCUGGGGGCUGCAGUGGAGGUUUGUCACGUGCAGGACGUCGGAGGCAAGAGCAAACGCCUCAGCUGACAGAGGUUGGAUCAUGUGGGUAGCGCAGGUGUUCUUAAAGGAACAGGCAGCACACACACCACUGGCUGCUGCUGCUGCUUAUUAAAAAUAGUUUCUUCUAAAAUUUUAGUUUCUUGGAACAUUACUGUAGUCCUUUUAGCACAAAACAUUCUAAAACAUAAUUAGAGAAGACUGUAUGAUUUACUGCGUGUCACUUUGUAUUCAGAAGAACAGAGCCCUUCUCUUCCCUCCCCAAUUCCUAACUUCUUCUCUGAGGUAAUCUGGGGGGUUUGCCCAGUGAGGAGGAAGAGCUGCUUUCACAUUGGUACCCCCUGAGAACAUCUCUACAAUACAGAAUCUGGGACAUCAGGUCCUGCUCAUUUCUGUGGUGCCUGUGUGGCCCAGAUUCAUUAUGUUGGGCAGGUCUCCUCGCAAGGUGUGAUCCCUUGACAGGAUUGUCAGGACCAGUGUGGUUCUCUGCCUGUCCCCACUUACUACUAUGUAUUUGAAUUUUGCACUUGUACAUAAACAAAUACAGGUGUUCACUGAUGGCAGAGUAGGGCAUAAAGCUUUAAUGCUGUUCUAAUGUGCUGCUGUGUAUGAAAGGCUAAUUUAUUUAACAGCCCCUUCUGCUGUAUCUGUAGUACCUGUAUAAAGGGAAAUAUUUCUGGUAGUAGACAGGAGUUGGUCAGUGCCAAGAUGACCACACUCAAUAUAGUCAGUUCUGCCCCACAUAAAUUGAUGUGUUUGCUCGUUCAGAAAUAUGUCAGUCAAUUGGAAUUAAAAAGAUGAAUUCCCUUUUAAGACAUUAAAAUCCCGUGGGUUUCUCUUAA